AUGGCGGGAAUACCAUGGAACACCAUUCACGUCGGUAUCGCUGUAUAUUCCUACUUCCGAUCGACAUUCCGGGACUUUCUUCUGCUCUCUGCAGUCACCCUUGUCCUGAGAAUAUUCUACCGCUUGGUGCUCUAUCCUGUCUACUUCACCCCCAUCAAGCAUAUUCCAACUCCUCCGGGUCGAGCAUGGUUCACCGGAAACAAUGACUCAUUCGUCUUGGUAAACCCUUAUGACACGAUGCGUCGGUGGAACCAGGAAAUUCCGAACGAUGGCUUGAUCCGGUUCUACUUGGGGGGCAACCUCGAGCGAACGAUAGCAACAACCCCCAAAGCCUUGAGCGAAAUACUUGUCCAGAAAGUCUAUGACUUUGAGAAGCCUAAAAUUGUCCGACGGUCUCUUGGCCGCAUCACUGGGGAACAUGGCGUGCUUCUAGUAGAGGGUGCUGAACAUAAGCAACAACGGAAGCUGCUUAUGCCUGCCUUCUCAUAUCGGCACAUCAAGAAUCUAUACCCAAUAUUCUGGUCAAAGGGCAUUGAGAUGGUGAAAUUGAUUGAAGCAGACCUGCAACAGCGUGCUAACCCGACAGACAACGUCAUCCGCAUAGCGUCUUGGAGCAGCAGAGCAACACUUGACAUUAUUGGUCUUGCGGGCAUGAACCGCGAUUUUGAUUCUCUCCAGAAUCCAACAAACAAGCUGGCAGCCGCAUACCAUAAACUCAACAGUGUACCUCCCACGCACUUGGAAAAAGGCCUCUUUCUUAUUGGGCUCCUUCUAAACGUUCCUCACCUGGUCCACAAGCUGCCAUUUAAACGCAAUCGUUAUAUCAGAGAAAGUGCGGCUUACAUUCGGAACGUUGCACAAGAAAUGAUCCACGACGCUCGACAGUCAAUUGAAGGCGAAAAAGCGCAUAAAACCACAGACGCAGUGGACAUUCUCUCUGUAGCAAUAGAGAGCGGCGGUUUCACAGAUGAGGAGCUCAUCGAUCAGAUGAUGACCUUCCUCGCAGCCGGUCACGAAACCACCUCGGGAGCACUGCAAUGGUGCGUGUAUGCCCUUUCCAAGUAUCCUGACGUUCAAACCCGCCUGCGCGAGGAGAUUCGCGCCAACUUGCCCUCUAUUUCGGUUGAAAACCCCGAAUCCAUAUCCGCCGCCACUCUCGACUCCCUCCCUUAUCUCCAUGCUGUCUGCCAGGAAGUCUUCCGCUUCCAUCCCUCCGUACCGAACACUGUUCGCAUCGCCAAUAAAGACACCACAAUCGGCGGGCAGAGAAUUCCUAAGGAUACGGUAAUUCAGAUUGUGCCCGCACUGACUAAUCACGAUAAAUCCCUUUGGGGUCCUGAUGCGGACCAGUUCAAUCCCGACCGGUGGCUGGGCCCCGGCAAGGCCAACACCGGCGGUGCCACCAGCAACUACGCAUUUCUGACAUUCAUACAUGGCCCGCGCAGUUGCAUUGGGCAGGGUUCUGCAAAAGCCGAGCUGGCUUGUUUGCUGGCCGCAUUUGUUGGGAAAUUUCAGUUCGAACUCGAGGAUCCCAAUAAAGAGCUCGUACUCCGUGAAGCCGCAACAGUGACCCCGAAGGACGGGGUCCUAGUAAAAGUAACGCCGUUAGAGGGAUGGUAA